AGGCAUCUUCACUCCUCGCCUUGUUCACACCAACAGGAGUCAACAUGGCAGGCCUGUGGAGAUCCUACCAGACCUUAAUGACCAAAUAUCCCUGGACAGUCCAGAUAAUCACUGCUGGGUCUUUGGUGGGUGUCGGUGAUGUCAUCUCCCAACAGCUGAUGGAGAGGAGAGGAUUAGCUCAUCACAACGUGCGGCGGACAGCCAGGAUGAUGACUGUAGGGUUCUUCUUCGUGGGUCCGGUAGUCGGCAGCUGGUACAAAGUUUUAGACAGGUUGGUGGUGGGAGGAAGUAAAAGUGCCGCCAUGAAGAAAAUGUUGGUUGACCAGCUGUGUUUCGCUCCGUGCUUCCUGGGAGCCUUCCUGAGUAUUUCUGGCGCUCUGAACGGGCUGACGGUGGAGGAGAACGUCACCAAGCUGAAGAGGGACUACACAGAUGCUCUGAUUUCUAACUACUACCUGUGGCCUCCGGUCCAAAUUGCCAACUUCUACUUCAUUCCUCUGCACCACAGGCUGGCCGUGGUCCAGAUCGUCGCCGUCGCCUGGAACUCCUACCUGACCUGGAAAGCCAAUAAGAUGUGAGGAAGACUCACGAGUCCAGCCUGCGUCGUUGUUGCCGAGGAUGAAGAUGAUGAUGAUCCUCCACUCAUUUGUACUGCAGACUGGCGGAGUGUGUCUGUUGUGCUCGACUUGAGUCUUCUGGUAUUUCCAACGUGUAAAGCUGUGACUGAGUCACAUUUAAAGGUCGGGGAAAGUGCUCGUACUCCGAAUGACAAAUUCUCACUUGAAAGUCAAAGUUGCGUUUGCAGAAACGUCUGAGCGUCGGUUAUUUAUGGAAACGGGAUUUGGCCGAGGCUCCGGCACAUUAACACCUACUGGUUGAUGAGGGAAUGUUUCCCCUCGUUGCUUCAUUAAGCUCUUCUGCUGAUGUGGUUUUGAUUAGCACGUUCGUUUUACUGGACUCCGCUCCUCCUGACUCAUGUUUGCACUUUGUGAAACUUCUUAACAUCUUUUCAUAACAAUUAGGGAACAAAUCUGAAACUUUUGGAAAAAAAAGUUUGAUACUUUUUGUUGAAGCUUCAGUGACUAAAAUGCCAAACAGAGCAUGGACUAUAAAGAAAAAGUAUUUUGUAUUCUUGAUGCUAAAUUAGGCAGUGGUUCCCAGCCCUGGUCCCUGAGGAACACCAUCCUGCAUGUUUUAGUUGUUCCUCUUCUCCAA